AUCUGCAAUGGUACAUACAAACUCUCACCACGUUAUAAUGGAACAAAAUCGACACAAAAAGAAAGGCGGCGGCAUCCUUGAGGUCGACUACAAAGGGUAUAAUUGAGCGAAGAACUACUGUGGGUUUUUGGAAUGCUGGAAAUUUUUCUCUCUUCUGUGCUGUGUUGUUGUGCUCACUCAGCUUUAAUCAUGUUAAAUCGACUGGCCUUCCUAGUCACGCGCAUCAAAACGAGCUCAAUGUAUACGCCGACAUUUAAGCGAUACCUUUUGUUUAUCUCGUUGUAAGUAUAGCACUCCGAUUUUUUGACAUAAGACACUGUCCAAUUUACUUAACAUCUGAAGCGGAAAAUUUUUCUAUAUUUCACCGUCGACGUUUGAUGUAUUUCUCCCACGUAUAAGCGGUUAACGAAAUUAUAAAUUGACACAAUUUCCCGUUCGUUUUAGGAAUUGCUUCAUAACCUUCAUUCUGGGACAUGGUCACACGGUAAGCCAGCGCGCUAGAGAUAUUAUUAUUUUUGCAUCAACCGCAAGCAUCUAUCUCAGUUUUAUGGCAUAAAAUUCUUUCAAAAAAUCUAACCACAGGAUCGGGAGAAAUACUUUGAUAAGCACGUCAAGACGGAAAGAAGACGAAGCGACACCAGAAGCUUGCCAUUUCACCGCGAAACACAAUUGUAUUCGCGCUCCAGUCGAAGUCACCUUCGAAUACAUGGAAAAAGAAUUGAUGCUUUGGGAAAGGAUGGAGACAAGUACGGUAAGUAUAGUUAGAGACAGAAGUGAAAGGUGACCCAAAACAUUCUGCCAAUAAUUACAGAAUGUUAUAAAAUAUCAAGCUCUCAAAUUUUGCUUUUAAGCUUGCUCCUUGCAUCGCAGAAAUGUUGUUUGUUGCUAUCAUCGAAAGAACACUUUCUAAAACGUUUAUCUGAAAGUUUAACGCCUUUAAAGCUGUCGUCAAACACUCUCUUAAAAGGCUCCCCACGAAGUAAAGCGAUUAUCUCGAGUGUUACGUGUUAACAAGUGAUUUUUCAUUCCGCACGUUUGAUAGCAGCAGUUUAAACCACAUAUCCCGCAUUCAAAAUACUUUGUUCCAUUUCUAGGCACGUAUCUCAUUUAUAACUUUGCAAUUAGAUGUGGUAACUCAGAUACAAGUUCAACCUACACUAUAUAUUUAUAUAUAUACAUUUUUUUUCUGUGAGUGAUUAAGAAAAUCUCAUGAGGAUAAAUGCGUUGAUUUUAUAAAAAGUUUUCGUCUUAGAUUUUCAAUGUUGUUUACUGUGAAAAGCAUUUUGCUUAGCUGGUUCGCGAGGCUUUACUUAGCAUUGAUCAUUACGAGAUCAAUUUUAGCAGAGAAAUGUUAAAAGCUAAUGCUAUCACUAAACCGAACCAAAAAAGUAUGUACGGCAUUCACAGUUUACUUUAUACGUAGUAAAACAGGAUGUGAUGGUGACCGCCUAGGACACUACUGUCUUCAAAAGAACCUUAUUUGCGACACAGGCCUAAUCCUAAGAGAAACACUUAGGUCGACACAUAACUGAGCGAGGAAUUUAAUUUAAUCUAUUUACGUCCAGUACACUAUUGUUUGCCCUAAGCGGCGUCAGUAUAUUCUGUUGAUAGCUUUAUGAGGUCCCAAUCAAACCUUUUGAUCAAAAAACUGUCAAGCCGGAGGCCGAAAAUAAAUCUACUGUUAAGUCUAUGAGUGGGGUUUUCUGAAAACGGUGGAAAAAGCUCUAUAAUACGACGUUCAUUUUUCUAAAUGCAUUUCGAGGCUCGUUUAGAACAAAAAUGGGAAGAGCUUGUUUCUAGUUAUUUGGUUUUAACGACGUUGGGGAGCAUGAGGGAUUAGAAAAUGCCUAUCCCAAGCUGAUAAACCGAAACACAUAUCAAAAAUUAAAGCAUUCUUAGACACAAUGCAAAAGCUUCCGAAAAGAAUUUUCGAACUUUAUCCUGUGCAAACAAACCAGACUCAGUUGUUUGACACGUCAUGAGACUGUUUUCUAAUUGAUGUAUCCUUACUUCUUUUUCUUGCAGCUAAACUGGUCAUUGAAUCGGACAAUUUCGGAAGGGUACGCAUUCGCGGAGCGCUGACUGAUUACUACCUGUGCAUAAAAAGAAAUGCAACGUUUAUCGGCAGAAAGGUAACUCUUGUUGCUUGUGUCAUUUCAUUAUAUUAUGCCCCUAAUGUUUACAGUGUGCUGUGUAUUCUUUAAUAAUAGGAAGGAUUAAAUAAUGCAGUGGAAUCUGGCAAAUUUGCAUCCCUUGGAGAAAAGCAUUCCAGGGGAUUGUACUUACUGAGCCCAAUCAUUUUCUAGCACAAUUAUGUGCACCAAGUCACUUGUGUUCCUAAGAAGAAUGCAGUGUCCGCUACGGUUCCAAAAAAAGGCGUUGCGCGUGUGAAGCUGUCCACAUAUUUGGCUUGGAAUGACACUUGGUCAAUAUAACCCACGCAUGGGAAAAUUCCCUGCAUUUCGGACAAAAGAUAGCCAAACGGAUUUCUUGAACAUGUCAAAAAGUGAUAAGCAACUGAACCUUUUAAAUUAAAUACUUAACCAUUUAACAAACGUAUUAUGGAAGUACCUGUCAAAUGAGUUCGACAAAAUGGUAGGUUUUGGCUGCGACUGAUUUGAAUGUCAGUUUGUGUUAAUUCAGUCCGACCUGUCCAGCCUGUUUCUGAAUAACUUGCUCAAUAAGACAUCAAGAACUGUAACCAUAUUUAAAGUAAAAAGGUAUCCUUCAAAGUUUUUCAGACUACAUAAUAAUCCAUGGUUUUUCGAGAAUAUUUUUUUUUAUUUUCGGAGAUCCAAGGAGACGCCUAGGGGAUUAUAUCCUUAUCGAAUCAAACUAAUCUUAAACCUAAUUAGCUGAACCAUUUUUUAAAAGUUGGAAAAGGUCCAAAUUCAAUUCUAAGCUCUCUUAAAGUCCUAACACAGGGAUGGUGCCACAAUAAAAACUAGUUAAUUGCAAGUAUGAGGAAGCCAUAUUAAGCAACAAGGAUGUUGGCAUGCAUAAGAUAAUUUUGGCGCCAAAACUUCGAAAUUGAGUCAAAGGGGCUGUCUCCGGCACGGCUAUCUUGUUCACUGGACUAAACCAAGAGAGGAUAAAGCUCCUCUCUUGAUUAAACUUGCCUAUAACACCGGUAUUUUUUUCGCCAAGGAACAUGACGUUAGCGAGGAAUUUUAUCGUAAAAGAAAAAAUCACAGCUCCGUAUCAAACGAAUAUCUCUCCUAAAUCACACGUUACAAACAACAACAAUGAACUUUUAAAACGGUUAGGUUAAUAAGUUUUCAAAAACCCCAAGUAUGAGUACUGCAAUCCGUUUUAAUCUUCUUCAAGUUUUUCAUCUGUGCAUUUCUUUGUAUUUUCUGUGUUGUUCAUACCUUUUUUAACGGUUUGAGCUGUUAUUUUUAUGUUUCACCCAAUUUGGUGGCAGCUCUCGCCGUUUGAAUUAUGGUAAAUUUCGUGACACAACUCCUAUAAAAUCGAGAUGACAGGAAAAGAGGGUUUUCGUAACUAACGCCAGUGUGUUUGUAACUAAUUUUUUAUACGAGCGCUGAGAUUGAUUACCUGUACUCUUAGAUUCUUAUUGUCACUGGUAAUAGUGUUUAACAUUUUUGCUUUGUUUAAACAAAGCUCGUUUCUUUGCCAAUUAAAACCGGGAGUUUGAAUUCUUAAGUUCCCGGAGCUGGCAUUAAAUCGGGUUCGUAAUACUCCCGCGAAAGAUGAAGAUAAAAAAUUUAUAAUGAACUUGAUAUACAAAUUUCAUACAUUUGAACUGCGCAGUUUCGUCAAAUAUAUGAAAUUCAUAUAUUCAUCAUUUCGAUGGUAAAAUAGCAGAAGUAAAACAAUGUGCCCUUUCUUGCAGGCCACGAGGUCGAGAAGGUGUGUCUUUUACGAGAAGUACGCUGAAAAUCACUACACAGAAUUCGUGUCUGCCUACAAUGAAAACUGGACUAUAGCUGUGUCCAAAAGCGGCAAAAUGAGGCCAGGCCACAAAGGACGGAGGGGACAAAGAACGGUUCAGUUCAUUGAACGAGCUUCAAAAAUUAUCAUUCAAACUAAGAAUGUGGAAGAUUCUCUGUACAUUGGACUCCGAGAUCAUAUUGAGCAGCUGCUACGAGCAUACAGAACUAAGGAAAACGCUGGUAACACUGGAAAUGGGAGAAAAAUGCCGCAUCCAGGAUACUCCAACUCAUGGAAGCGUAAGAACAAGAUGAAAAGGAAAGAGAAGAAGAUGAAGAAAAGAUCACAAAAGCGAUUACAGAAAGCACUUAGAAAGCUACGCCGUAAAACAGCAAAUGAAAACCAUAGCUAA